AUGUCCGUGGCCGAGUUUGAGGCUGCUUUUUCGAGUUUGUCCCGGUUUGCACCGGAAUUGGUGGCAACGGAAGAACGCCGUUGUAUAGAGUUUGAGAAAAAGUUGAGAACGAAGAUCUUGUUCAAAGUUGCCGGAAACAUGAUCCAAAAGUAUGCCCAUCUUGUGGAGGCGACGGCACAUGUAGAGACUACGGUGCAGGUUGAGAAGGAGAGACUCCGGGGUUCAAGGUCUAGGGGCCAAGAACCACAGGUGGACUUUAGGCAGAAUAAGAAAAGCAUGGGCAACUUUCCAUUCCAGUCCCAACCACAACAGUCUAGAUCUACUUUUCCUUUGCCUAGUUCGGGCCUGGGAAAGAGCACACAGAGUGGCUUUUCUUGUUUCAAGUGUGGCCAACUAGGUCACAAAGCCUUUGCAUGCCCACAGAAGGGAGGAGGGCAUUUGAUGUUACCACCACCACCUAGUCAAUCUUAG